AUGUCUCGUCGCGGCGUCAUCAAAGAUGUUGUCAUUACUCCCGUGGCCUUCCAUGAUAUGCCCCUAUUGAAUAGUGUCGGUGUACAUGAGCCUUGGGCAUUGAGAAGUAUUGUUGAAAUCGUGUGUGAAGAUGGCACAUACGGCCUCGGCGAGUCAUAUGGGGACUCUACCCAUCUGGGCCGCCUGGAGAGAGCAGCUGGCCCAAUCAAGGGGUUGACAGUAUACGAAACGAAUGCAAUCCACAAGAUUUGUGUUGAGUCUUUGACAGACGACAGAUCGACAGGCGGCGAUGGCAUGGCUGGCAUGGUCACUACGGCGUCUGUCGCUGACAAAGUCUUCUCUCCCUUUGAGGUGGCCUGCUUGGACAUCCAGGGGAAGCUGGCCGGGCUUCCAGUCAGCGAACUACUUGGGGGCCGCGUUCGUGAUAGCGUCCAGUACUCAGCCUACCUCUUCUACAAGUGGGGAGGCCACCCCGGGGAGCCGGAUGAUGAAUAUGGUCCGGCGCUGGACCCUGCUGGCCUGAUCAAGCAGGCACACAAGAUCAUUGAUGAGUUUGGUUUCAAGGCAAUCAAGCUUAAGGGUGGUGUGUACCCCCCUGCUCAAGAGGUCGAAGCUAUCAAGGAGCUACGCAAAGCCUUCCCAGAUUUGCCAUUAAGACUGGACCCAAACGCUGCUUGGACCGUUGAGACGUCCAAGUGGGUAGCCAACGAGCUCAAGGGCAUCGUGGAAUACUUGGAGGACCCGGCUCCUGAGAUUGAAGGCAUGGCUGCUGUAGCCAAGGACGCUCCCAUGCCGUUGGCUACCAACAUGGCUGUGGUAGCAUUCUCCCACUUACCCCCCUCCAUCCUACAAAACGCCGUCCAGGUGGUUCUCUCGGAUCACCAUUUCUGGGGUGGGCUACGAAGAUCACAGACUCUUGCGUCAAUCUGCGCUAUCUGGGGCAUGCGGCUCUCCAUGCAUUCCAACAGCCAUCUCGGCAUUUCUCUGGCUGCCAUGACCCAUCUGGCAUCGGCAACCCCUAACCUUGAUUACGCCUGUGAUACUCAUUGGCCAUGGAAGCGACGUGAUGAGGAUGUCAUUGCCGACGGCGCCCUGAAGUGGGCUGAUGGUGCCCUGAUUGUUCCCACAGCUCCUGGUUUGGGGGUAGAGCUGGACAGGGCGAAGCUGGCACAGCUUCAUCAGAACUAUCUUGACUGUGGCUUGACAAAGAGAGACGAUACGACGUACAUGAGAAAGUUUCAACCCGACUUUUCUCCCAAGAUCCCUAAGUGGUAA